AUGGUAUUCCGUGUCACAGACAUCAGACAGAGCCACCCUCGCGAUGAACAGUCAUAUUUCACGUACGAAGUCAAGGCAGAUGGGCUACGUGAUCUCUCAAUAAAAACAAAGGAGAAGCUCAAGGAGUUUUGGCCGGAACGACACAUACGGACGGAGGUAUUCCUUGUCCGUCCGUGGAACCGUGAUUUCCUCAAGCUGCCUGCGUUGGCAGACGAAACGCAGAGCGUUGAGGAUGCAUCCGAUCCCCAGUCUGCAUUGCCAGAUCUGUCCGGCGGGUUUCCUGGAGAAAAAGGAACGAUUGAUCUAGAUUCUUACUCACAAGCGUUGCGAUUGAUUGUUCGCCUUCAGCAGCAAUUCAAUGCUUUGUUGCUAUAUGAGCAGCAGAUCGGAGAAUAUAAGAGGACCGCAUCGGAUCGUGAUAUCAUUGCGCACGUUACAGAAAUGCAGAACAUGAUGGACGUGAGGACACUAGAGAUAUUGUAG